UUAGUAAUAAUAAUAAUAAUAAUAAUAAUAAUAAUAAUAAUAAUAAUAAAUGAAUAUCUUUAGUGGCAUGCCCAGAAAAAUGACUUUGCAUUUAGACAACAAUUACAAUUCUUUCCACUGGGACCACUUUGUAAAUAUCAUCUCUUAUAAUAAUACGGAGAGUGUGUCUGUGUGUCUGUAACAGGCAAAGUUGAUAUCGUCAUUUUCCUUUGAUGUUGCCGAAAAAUGCAUGUCUAAUAUGUUAAAUUUUCUGACGUUACGACGCGACGAAAAUAACACAACUUUAACAUCAAUAUCCUAUAUUAAAUUAAUGAAGCCAUUACAGUGCACCUAAAACUUUGAGGCCAAAUAACUUGGAAACGAGGUGGUGACGUCAAUGAUUUUUCACCGCGUGGGUAACUAGGGACCACCUAGGACCAAUUUGGGUAAUUUUCCCAAACCUGGGUCCCCGAAUCCGUUUCGGAAUGGACGGGUUGAUGACGUCAUUAAAAAACCUUUAAACCCUAAUAUCUCUGCAACCGUUUGUCAAAAGUACAUGAUCCUAUACAUUUUCUUGCUCAGCGUUUCAAGAUCUAUACGAUGAAGGCAACAGGCAUACACAUUUCUGAAAAAAAACAUUUUGUGUUCUGACAUGUCUCUGCUGACGUCAUCAAAAUUUAAAUGACGGUUGUUUUUCUCUGUUAUCCUGCCUAAGUGGAUUUUUCCACGGGCCUUAUCGACUAGUUAUAUAUAUUUUUAAACAGAUAGGUUAAAAUAGUUUAUUGUUUAAUAACAAUAAAAACAUUAUAGAAUAAAAAACUAUUAGCAAAAUUAUAAAAGAAAAAUUAGAUCAAAAUUAAAACCUUAGCUUAAAAUGUUUACUAGUGAAAAUGGUAAUAUGGUACAUCAUAGACGUAAGACUCAGGUUGCCAUGCCAUAGCCAUCCAUUGUUGACAGUGAAAAGAGAUAGUUACGUGAGAAAGGUGAAGUAAAGGAAUAAGACGUUCACAUAAUUUGGUGCAAGAAUAGUUGUUACAAGAAAUUCAUAAUGUCUUUAAAAAGGGAAGCUCGCCAGCAGCCUGUAUACAAUUGGGUAGAUGUCAAAGAGAAAUUUUGGAAGUGUAGUGAAGAUCUUAAACUUGGAGAGUUGGUUCAUGAUAAUUUAUUUGGUUUGUUUGAAGCCAUGUCUGCCAUUGAAAUAAUGGACCCUAAAAUGGAUGCUGGAAUGAUAUGUAACAGAAAGCGAAAAGUCAUACAAUUGCCUGAAGCUAUACAGGAGGGAAAGGUCAAAAUCAAAGAUUUUUCAGAGGAAGAAGUAUUAGGAAUUAUAGAUGAGAUAGCAGCAUGUUUUGUAGCUUGGCUGGAUGGUCAGUCUCUUGUGCAAUCUGUUUUUACUUGCAUGUACUGCCAUGAUCCUUAUGUUUUGGAAGAUGUUGUGUUAAAGGCCAUGUGUAUUGCAAUUUUAAAAAUGGUAGAUAUAAUAAGAACAGUCUGUACCAAGGCUAAAGUGUUUGAAGAGGAAGAUUUUCAACCAAUGACGUAUGGUUUUAAGCUUGCUACUGAUGUGACUGAGCUAAGAGUAUCCGGUAUGUUACGCGAAGCUGAAGAUGAAAUAACAAAAAGGGUUAAGGUUUACCAGGCGAAUGAGGAUGAGACUUCAGCCCAGCAGACAAAAAAGUGUAAAGCUAUCAAGAUUCGUUUGAAAUUUUGGCGAUCGUUUUAUUGCACAUUGUUGUCUUUUGAAAAAUCUGAGCUUGGUGAAAUAAGCAAAUGUCAGGAUCUGUUAGACAUUGCAUUGUCUUCUAUGAAUGAAAUAAAACAAACAGUAUGUCUUGGGCUAAUCUCUGAUCAUACAAAAGAUUACUACAUGCCAGGUUUUGAUGUUUUGGUCAACCAACGUCUUUUACCGCCCUCUUUUCCACGACAAGCAGAAAUAUUUCAGCGUGAUAAGACAUUUGAAUACAUGGAAGCUCUUAUUAACCGAUUGAAAAAAAUAUGCACCGUAAUCACAGAGUGUCAUACCCUUCAUAUGAUACUGGAGUUUCUGUAUGACUUUAGUAAGCGAGUUCCUUGUGUACUUUCCAGAUCAUUACUGCAGUUGAUUAUUUACUCAAAUAACCGUGUGUUUGGUAAAUAUGCUUUAUCUGAUAUGAUACGCGAGUCAAUUAAGUUAUUUAAUGGGACACCAGCUGUUGCUGAAUUAUCACCACUGACAUCUGUAGAAGCCAAAAAUGUUGUCAAUGAUUUCAUUUCGAAAUCUGUUAAGUCUAUCACUAAUUUGAUUGAAGCUUAUGGUCACAACAGAGCUCGUCAAAGAGAAAAACUUGGAAACCUGUUGGAAGAAUUAGGAGAACUUCAAGCUGAGGCAGAUAAAGCUGACCAAGAACUUCAUCAUAUGUUGCAAGCUAUUGACUCUAAGAGACAACAUCUUGCAUGUUUUGAAUCAUGGGUUUUGUACCACUCACUAUUUCUUAUGAUACAACACAUUCUUCUUGGCUUCGAGUUAGAAUUAUUCAAUCCUCACGAAUUUCAUUAUGUUUACUGGUAUUUGGAUUAUUUAUUUGGUUGGGCAAACAACUGUUUACACAGGGCAGAAAGUUUACUUGGUAUACAAGAGCAGUAUGUUGAUAAAAAAUGUGGGAAAAAAGAGAAGAAAAAAAGAAAAGAGAUCUUAACGGCUUGUUCCGAACAGAUAAAAGAACACAAAAGUUUACGUUUGUUAUUUAACGGAAUGAAGGAUUUAUGUUUAGGAAAUUUAAAGGCUUAUGAAGGUUUCAACUUAGAUGGAAAGAUACGUCAUCCAGAACCAUUCUUUGAUAGUGAAAAGAUUCGUUUCGAUCAUCGCUUCCAAGCAUUCCAAGCGAUAGAUACCCAUCAAUCUGCUUCUUACAAAGAUUAUAAAGACAUAACAAGUCCACCAGGUCAAGAGUAUCGUUCUAGUAAAGAUUUGUAUACAGAAGCUAAAUUACAUUUUGAAAGAGCUAUGAAAUCUUUGCAAUAUAUUGAACAAGUUGAUGAAGAGGGCGUACAUUUAAUGAAAGUAGCGAAAACGAAUUUUAUUGUAAUGAAACUGGCUGCUUCUGGACACAAGCAAGAUUCAAAGAAAAGUCCAGAAUGGGAUUUUAGUGUUCACCAAAGUUACCCACUUAUAAAACUGUCGUGAUAAUGUUUGUGUUGUUACGUAUUGUCAUCAAAGUUACCCACUGAUAAAACUGCUGUCGUAAUAACGGAUUGCGCAACAGCCGAAAAGAAAUGCGCAUAAAGUCAUACGAAAGGCUGGUGCGAUUGAAUUAUAGCUGACUUCUGUAUCAUAGGCUGAACUUGUAAAUUAUUGUUUAGUACGUCUUUAUAUUUCUUAGUAACAAAAUUUAUGUUCACUUUACCAGUGUCGUUUUUUAAACAAAAACCUUUUAUUUUGCAUAAAACUGCUGUCGUAAUAACGGAUUGCGCAACAGCCGAAAAGAAAUGCGCAUAAAGUCAUACGAAAGGCUGGUGCGAUUGAAUUAUAGCUGACUUCUGUAUCAUAGGCUGAACUUGUAAAUUAUUGUUUAGUACGUCUUUAUAUUUCUUAGUAACAAAAUUUAUGUUCACUUUA